AUGGUUCACCUCCACCCUAUCCUCGCCCUUUGUGCGACCCUUCUACUUCCGGGUACUGCUGUUGCUCAGGAGAAAGAGGUCAGGCCGAAUCUGGCUCUCGAGCAGUAUGAAUCGGGCGCAGUGCACGAGUGGCUGAUGUCCAAGAAGAAGAAAUCGUGGGACAGGCAGCGGGAUGCGGGUCUGCUGGAAAGCAGCCAAUACCCGGCGCUUGGCUAUACCGCUUGCAAGAAUGGUAUUGCCGAGGCCAUCCCCGGAGACAAGAGCAACACCUUCAGGUGCAACAAUGCCGACUUGUAUUCCUUCCUAUCCCACUCAGACCUUGGUAGCAAAGAUGGCGAGGGCUCUUCCUCGUGGGGUUGGACGUCCGACGACGGAAGGGAAUUCGUCGCCGUAGGCCAGGCUGAUGGUACUGCCUUUGUCGAGAUCACCGCUGAGGGCCAGUUGGUGGUGUUUAAGAACUACGCCAUCAUCGGCUCCGAGGCCGUGGGCCACGGCAUCCAGAUCUUUGACUUGACGAAACUUCUCGACAUUGACCCCGCAAGCCCCGUUGUGUUCGACGCGAAGAAGGACCUCACCGGCCACUUCUCCGACCUCCCCGUUGGUCGUACCCACAACGUGGUGGUCAACGAGGAGCGCAACUACGUCGUCAGCGUCGGAGCGGCGCCGCGAGACUCGGCGUGCCGUUCGGGACUCAUCUUCAUCGACCUGACGGAUCCGUCCGACCCUUGGUCUCCCGGGUGCGCUCCGGGCGACGGUUACGUGCACGACGCGCAAUGUCUCGUCUACAGGGGCCCCGACAAGAGGUACGAGGGCCGCGAGAUCUGCUACGGCUACAACGAGGACACCCUCACCAUCUACGACGUCGAGGACAAGAACAGCACCAACAUCAUCUCGCGCACCUCGUACGCAGGCGCUAGCUACACGCAUCAAGGAUGGGUACUGGACGUCAACAAUCAGGAGUUCCUCGUGCUCGACGACGAGCUUGACGAGGCGAACGCGGUCGGUCCCGGUGCUGACGGGUAUCCGGUCACCUACAUUUGGGAUAUCCGCGACCUGAAGAAGCCGAAGCAGACGGGUAUUUACAAGGCCAAGACCAAGUCCAUCGACCACAACCACUACGUAGUCGACGGUCUUAUUUACCAAUCGCACUACGGAGCGGGCCUGCGCGUCCUUGAUGCCACGUCGAUUCCCCGAGACCCUACGGGCGCCAGCAUCUGCGAGGUGGCCCACUUUGAUAUCUACCCCGAAGAUGAUGGCGAGGUUGGUGGUGGAAUAGUAGAGUUUGUUGGCUCGUGGUCGUCCCGUUCCGCCAUCGCGAUGAUUGGGACGCGAGAAUUGCUGCUAGCGGCCCUCGUCGUCCUCUCGGCGCUCUAUCUAAACAACACCCUGAGCAUGGCCACGGCGCGCCUCGGGACUAUCACACACAAGCGCGUCACCCUCCUCAUCGCGCACCCGGACGAUGAAGCCAUGUUCUUCGCGCCGACGGUGAUGGCUCUGACGCGCCCCGAGGCCCGCAACCACGUCACCAUCCUGUGCUUGAGCAGCGGAAACGCCGAGGGACUAGGAGAAAUCCGCAAAAGGAGCUCGUGCAGAGCGCGCUCGUUCUCGGCCUGCGGAGCGAGGAUGAUGUUGCGGUCGUGGACAAUCCUACCGGUCUGGUCCGCAGAAAAAGUCGCAACUCUCCUGCGUGAGACGUUUGCGACCGCUCCCGGCCAGAGACACACGCUCGAUGUUCUCAUCACGUUUGACUCCCAGGGCGUGUCCUCUCAUCCCAACCACAUCUCGCUCUAUCACGGCGCCAAGACAUUUGUCGCGUCGCUCGUCGAGAAGCCACUGAGUGGGAAUGGGCUUCCCGUUGAUCUUUACACGCUUACUACCGUCGGCUUCCUACGAAAGUAUGCCGGUGUACUCGACGCUGUGUUCAAGGUGGCGGUAGACCGCGUAGCUGGUGCCGGAGGCACUCGUGGCGAACUCGGCAAGUCCGACGGGUUGCCCGCGUCGUCGACAGGCCUGACGUUUACUCACGGCUGUGGAAGAAAGGGCUGGGGCACGGCGCGGGAGGCAAUGACGGCGGCCCACGUUAGCCAGAUGAAGUGGUUUCGUUAUGGCUGGAUCGUCUUGAGUCGGUACAUGUACAUAAACGAGCUUCAGCUAGAAAACUAA